AGGCGUGCAUGUGAGUGCCUCGGUCAGAGACUGGCGCGUUCGGUGGGAACGAGGCCGGCGAGGGACCAUGGCGUCGCUCAAUUGCAGCGCCGUCGUCUGCGUGAUUUGUUUGGAGAAACCCAAAUACCGCUGCCCCGCCUGCCGCGUGCCUUACUGCUCGGUGACCUGCUUCCGGAAGCACAAAGAGCAGUGCAACCCUGAAACUCGUCCUGAGAAAAAAGUAAGGUCAGCUGUUACAGCAAAAACUAUAAAGCCUGUAGCAAACAAAGAUGGUGAGGACUCUGUAGCUGACUUUCUCAACAGUGAUGAGGAAGAGGACAGAGUUUCUUUGCAGAAUUUAAAGAAUUUAGGAGAGUCUGCAGCAUUAAGAAGCCUGCUGCUCAACCCCCACCUUCGACAGCUGAUGGUCAGCCUCGAUCAGGGCGACAACAAGGCGAAGCUCAUGAGAGCCUGCAUGCAGGAGCCCUUGUUUGUGGAGUUUGCGGACUGCUGUUUAAGGAUUGUGGAGCCAUCCCAGGAUGAGGAUUCCUAAGACGGAUGAUUGUGCUGCUCACCGGAACGUGUGCAUGACUUCGAACCUGCCCGCACCCCCAGGAGAACAGCUAGCGAGGGGCCCUCAGCGAGGGUGCUGACUUGCAGACUGGCUGGCGUAGGGUGGGCUGCACAAUGGCUUUAUCUCCAGCACUGUAGGUGUGGGUUUCAGGCAAGAGGAGGAGACUCGAGGUGACAAACCCUUUAUGGAGGGAGAACUUGACAUUCCGAUGGUGUUUAAAUGUUUUAAUUUUGGUAGCGUUUAGACAUCACACAUGAUUUGUCAAGUUUCAUACCCAUUUGAGUUAAAACUUGCUCACUGUUGCUAAAUAAAAUCAGGAUAUGGUGAUUCUCUGGUAAA